UCAUGCACGGACUCGUGUACUCUGUAACGAAACAGUUGGUAAUGUUACUUGUAAUCGUAUAUAUUAUAUAGUUUAGAAACUCAUCGGUAGGAGUGCGUUAGUUUAACACCAACAAGGAGUUUUAAAACAUAAUAUUAGUAUAAUCAAGAAGAGUAAUUUUAUUUACCAAUAUCUCACACAAAAUUAAAGUAAGUUAUAAUGUCUGGACGAGUUAUGAAGAAGCGAAACAAAAUAACAUCGAGGUCCGUCAAAGCUGGUGUGUUAUUUCCUGUAGGACGAAUGCAUCGAUAUUUAAGGAGAGGAACUCAUCAUCUUCGAAUCGGCGAUAGAGCUCCAGUAUACUUAGCGGCUGUUAUUGAAUACUUAACUGCUGAAGUUUUGGAGUUAGCAGGAAAUGCUGCCAGAGACAACAAAAAAAGUAGAAUAACACCUCGUCACAUACUUUUGGCAAUUGCAAAUGACGAGGAGCUUCACCUUCUUCUGAAAGGAGUAACUAUUGCAUCUGGUGGAGUUUUGCCGAAAAUUCACCCUGAACUUUUGGCUAAGAAAAAGGGUGGAAAGUUUAUGACACCUGCAAACGCUUCCCAGGAUACAGAUCCUUCUCUGGGCAAACCAGUUAAUGAUGCUAUGGUUAAAAAAGCAAAAACAUCGUCUUCACCAAAAAAUCAUAAAAAACCUGCAAGUAAUCCAGGAAAGGGAAAGGGAAAAGGCAAGGGAGGCAGUACAGUGAGUGGUCAAGGAGGCAUUACAAUUCUUUCAGAGAAGAAGCUUUUUCUUGGACAGAAGCUUACUGUAAUUCAAGGUGAUAUUGUGAAAAUAACAGCUGAUGCGAUUGUUCACCCUACCAAUUCAAGUUAUUUUCUAGGUGGAGAAGUUGGUCAAGCAUUAGAGAAAGCUGGUGGUAAAGAAUUCCAGCAGGAAAUUACAGCCCUACUGUCAUCGAAUGGAUCUCUUGACUCAGCUGGUGUUGCACUGAGCACUGGUCGUAAUAUCGGUGCUACCUACGUAAUCCAUUGCAAUGGUCCCAACUACAAUGAUACUGAUGCUAUUGGUCUUUUGGAAAAAACUGUGAAAAACUGUUUGACUCUGGCAGAUGGGAAAAACCUAAAAUCUGUUGCUCUUCCUUCCAUUGGAAGUGGCCGUGCUGGGUUCCCUAAACAACAAGCUGCUCAAGUAAUCCUGAAAUCCAUCUCCAACUAUUUUGUUAGUGUGAUGUCAAGCUCUCUGAAACAAGUUUAUUUUGUCCUUUAUGACAUGGAGAGUAUUGGUAUUUAUACAAGUGAAUUAGCCAAGCUGGAUUCCUGAUAACCUUCUAAAGAAUGAAUAUCUGAGUAGCAGUCGAGAAGUCAUCUUUAAAAUAGCUGUGUGCUGCAUCAGAGGUAAAUUGAAUGAACAGAUGUAGAAGAGAUUAAAUUUUGGUGAAUAUUCAAGCUGUACAAGAAAAGAGAUUGUGUCUGAAAGAAGGAAACCAGAAAGAAAAGAAAAGAAAUUUUAUCAUCAUUACAUCAUCCUGCACAUUUGCAUUGUGUGGUAGUUAAAAGAUUUAAAAAUGAUUUUCACCCUUGACAUCAUCAGAUUUUUUGUUUCUCACUUACUAGUGUUGCAAACUACAGGAAUAUUAGAUGAUAUUUUUAACAACUAGUUGUUGUUUGUGCUAAGUUUGGAAAAUAUCAGUAGAACAGCUGAUAAGAUAUGUGUAAAUUUAUAUUAUCUAUAAAAUCAUUAGCAUCACAUAAUAAGUGUUGGACUACAUUAUUGCAAGGAAUAAUAUUAUUUUUUUAUGUUACUGAUACAUACUCAAAUGUUUAUUUUCAAAUAUGAUGACAUAUUUGGUCAUGAUUGUUGUUUAUAUUUAAGAAGUAUCAAAAAGAAAUUAUUUAGAAUUGACUUGCAAAAUCUUAAUUGUUAUUUACAUCUUUUGCUUCAAAUAUGCACAGUUCAGUGUACAAUACAGAAUGUUGUUAUAUUAAAAAUAGAUGUGAAUAGCUUGUCGAUUAUUUUAUUAAUAUUUCUGAUAAAUAACUAAAAUAUUUUGUUGAUGCAUAUAAAUAGUAUAUUGCUUGUUUAAUUAUGUAAGGAAGUACUUUAUAAAUUAUUUCAAAAUUUUAGUGUCUGUUGGUUAUUGUAGCAGUUUGAAAUUAUGCAGACUUGGUUCAAUCAUGACGUGAAGAAUAAAAAGACUAGAAGAUAAAUACAGUGUUUAUAUAAAUUUGUCAUUCAGGUGUUAAUUAACUAAAUCAAUUAUGAAGUGAUUGUCUCAUUACUGUAAAAUGUGAUCCUACUGAUGUAGCUUUUUUAGCUUGAGAAAAUUACAUUUCUAUCAUUCUGUUUUCUAGCAACUUGUGAUUAUGGUUAUGUAAAAAACAAAUAGCUACCUCUGUUGAAGUGUGAGCAAGAUGUAUUUUCAAUGGACAGUUCUGAAUUUUAGCAAGGAUGCCAGAAUAAGAAAUAAAUGUAAUUUGCCACAAUUAAUUUUCUGUCAUAAUAGAAUGAAGAAAACAUUCAAAAUAUGGUGUUUGGGACUGUGAUAUGUACAUUAAAUUCCAUCCACUUACUGUUCAUACUUUCCACAGUUUUGAUUAAAAAAAUAAAGACCUGUGAGGGUAGCCCUAUAUUUGUUAAUGCUCUGGUAUCUUAAAAAGAAAAAAGUUUCUUAUUCCUUUUUCCUUAAUAGCUUUUAUAUCAGAAUAGGUAUUUGUAACAAUCCUUAUUGACUGAUUUUAUGGGAGAAAUUUUAUUAAGGGUAAUUAACGGACAGUAAGUUCACUAAAACUAUUACAAAACAGAUACAAAAUGUCUUACUUUUUAUGAUUUCAUACUUUAUCAGAAAUGCAAAAGUUGUGUUGUAUUUCAAAAGUAAUAUAGCAAAGCAUUAUUGUAAUUCUUUUCCUAAGUUUUAUUAGUUCCAGUUUUGUUUACUAUUAAAUAUUUAUGAUUUUUAAAGUCUGAAAUUUUAAGAUGUAACACAUUAUAUUGUUUUUAAUAAUUUUCUUGAAUAUUAUUGAACACUUCAUAAUCAUAUAAUUAGUUGCU